UUCAGCCUCAGAAAUGAACGUAAAAUACCAGGGUUACAAACUUGCCCUGUUCUUUUAUAGACGUAACAGUGAGCUAAAAUAGAUUUUAUAUGUUUCUGUGGGAUUUCACAGUUUGCUAAUUUUUGCUUAACCCAUUUUAAGCCAGGCAUGCAGUGUGACGCUACAUAAUCCACAUUUCUACAAUCAGCCUCAUAGGAUUAACUGUAUUUAUGUAAGGAGAAAAUGUUAAAUGUAAAACCACAAAACUUUAGAGCAAAGUUUGGCUGUUUUCAAUCCACAAUAUGCCAGAUUUCACACAUUUGCCCUAUAGAACUGCAUAUGAUAUGAUUUUAGCUUGAUUUUCCAAUAGUGUCAGGUCUUCAAAACAAUUUUUACUGUCAAUUUUAGGCAUAUAAAGUUAGAGAGAGAGACCGACAGACACACAAAUACAUAUUUUUAUUAUUUUUAGCUAUUUUUUGCAGUUAGUUAUGCUUUUUUAAAAUUAAAAUUACAAAAAUAUAUAAUUUAAUAUUUAAAUUAAUUCAUAUAUUGAGUAUUAAUAUUCUUUUUAUUUAAUUUAUAUUAUCUUUUAUAAGUACAAAUUUUCUGUCUCGACUGAUAUAAGGUCAUAAAAUCAUCAUCGAUAAUAUCUGAACAAAAAUAGGAAUUGUUUAAAGCUGUCACAAACAAAAAUGUCACAAUGUCACAUCAACGGACGCUCCUGUCAUUGCUUGAAAUUUCCUGUCAACCACCCAAAAACAAAUUCAAUCAUCCUAAAAAUAAUUUGAAUUGGCAUGAUUCUCCUUAAAAGUUCCUCCCAGCCCUGCUAUUUAGGGAUCACACUUACACAAGCACACAAAAAUGGCCAAACAGCAAUACACUGAGAUUGGAGAUUAGAAAUUGUGGCCCUGUUUAGAGGAUCAGCUUUAGGGAUAAAUCUCAGACGCAGACCCACUCCAGAUCACUCACCAAACGCGUUCAGGACCUCCAGCUCCAGAGCCAAGAAGGGAAAAGCAAUUGUUUACAAAACAUCUUCACAGAAUCACUCAGGAGGCAGAAACGAUGCUUGAGUACUUCUGUAGCGAUUGUUCAUGGACGUGCGGCUUGGGUGCGUUUGUGCUGUUGUGGGUUCUGGUGUGGUUCUACCGGGACAACCUUGAGAUUACCAGGGUCUCAGAGAAGCACGUCUUUGUGACCGGUUGUGACUCUGGUUUCGGACACCUACUGUGUAAACGCCUGGACAAACGUGGUUUCCGCGUCCUAGCCGGGUGUCUCACGGAAAAGGGUGCUGAUGAUCUGAAGAGGGCGACGGGACCUUUCCUGAAGACCUGCAUCUUGGACGUGACCAGCACAGCCAGCAUUCAGAAGGCUGUGGAAUGGACCAAACAAGAAGUUGGAGAUAAAGGACUUUGGGGUUUGGUGAACAACGCUGGACGUUCUCUUCCAAUGGGACCAUCUGAGUGGAUGAAAAUCGAAGACUUUGAAAGCACACUCAAAGUCAACAUGACUGGGACGAUCGAGAUGACCAUGAACUUCUUCCCUCUUGUGAAAAAGGCCCGUGGAAGAGUGGUGAACGUGGCGUCGGUGUUGGGUAGAGUGGCAGCUAAUGGUGGUGGUUAUUGCAUCUCGAAGUUCGCAGUGGAGAGCUUCUCCGACUGUCUCAGGAGGGACAUCCAGAAUUUUGGUGUCAAUGUGUGCAUCAUCGAACCUGGUUUCUUCAAGACGCAGGUGACCAGCUUGGAGCCCAUCGAGAAGGAACUUCAUCGCCUCUGGAACCAACUGACCCCUGAAGUGAAGGAGAGUUACGGAGACAAAUACUUGGACAAAUACAUCAAGAUCCAGAGGUUGAUCAUGAACACCAUAUGCGACUCCGACCUCAGUAAAGUGACCAACUGCAUGGAACACGCCCUACUGGCCGUCCACCCACGAACACGCUACAGUGCAGGCUGGGAUGCCAAGCUCUUGUGGAUCCCCUUGUCUUAUAUGCCCGCUUGUUUUGUAGAUAUUGCGCUGAAGCUGGUGUUGCCAAAGCCAGCAAAAAGUGUCUAGAUUUGGUGUGUGAUUAAAGGUCAUUUUAGGCCAGAUACUUUUAACUCUUACCUUUGGUUCCCUUCUGAUACACUGGAAGACGCUCUAUAUAUGCUCUAAUCUUAAAUUAUUCCAAACUUUUAACCAGUAGUGCAUCUCCACACCAAGCCCUUUAUCUUAUUUCUCAUUGGCAUGUUCUUGCCUAAUAAGUGACAUCUUAACUUGCCUUGAAAAUGCACCACCAAUUUGUGCCUGUUGGUCAUUGGCUGUAUGUGUUGCUAGAGUGCCACAGUGACUUUGACUUUUGGCAUUAUAUAUUUUGUAUGAAACUGUCAGAGAUUGCUUGACCUGCCACAUUAUGGAUAUUUUAUUUGCAGGCAAACUGUGUAAACAUAAUUUAAUAAACGUUAUAAUAAUU